GCCAUUGUGUAACCGUCCCACACCGGCCGCAGCACCUCGCCGUGCCGGAGGGGAACAAUGAGUCCCCCCGUGCCCCCGCACCGGUUAUAUAGCGGUGCACGGCCGGGGCCGGCCACUGCCCGUGUCCGGCGGGUCGUGGCACAUGGCACACGGCGAGGCAGCACCAUGAGGCAGGGCUGGGCAGGGCGAGAUGCUCACCAUCGCCUACCUGCUCACCCGGGCGGCUUUCGGGAGCCGAGGGCUGGCCAGACGGCGCAGCCAGUUGUCUCUGCUCGGUGUGUGCCCCCCCGCGUGCCCCCCGGCCCAGGAGUUUGAGAACGCCGAGGGGGACGACUACGUGACGGAGCUCUCGGCCCAGGGCUCGCCCGCCCCCCAGCAUGGCCCCGAGGUCUACGUCCUGCCCCUCACCAAGGUCUCCCUGCCCAUGGCCAAGCAGCCCGGGCGCUCAGUGCAGCUCCUCAAGUCGGCGGACCUGGGGCGGCAGAGCCUGCUCUACCUGAAGGAGAUCGGGCACGGCUGGUUCGGCAAGGUGUUCCUGGGGGAGGUGAACUCGGGCAUCAGCAGCACGCAGGUGGUGGUGAAGGAGCUGAAGGCGAGCGCCAGCGUGCAGGACCAGAUGCAGUUCCUGGAGGAAGCGCAGCCCUACAGGGCUCUCCAGCACACCAACCUCCUGCAGUGCCUGGCCCAGUGCGCCGAAGUCACCCCGUACCUGCUGGUGAUGGAGUUCUGCCCGCUGGGUGACCUGAAGGGGUACCUGCGGAGCUGCCGGGGGGCCGAGGCCAUGACCCCGGACCCGCUGACCCUGCAGAGGAUGGCGUGCGAGGUGGCCUGCGGCGUCCUGCACCUGCACAGGAACAACUACAUCCACAGCGACCUGGCCCUGCGGAAUUGCCUGCUCACCGCCGACCUGACAGUCAAGAUCGGAGACUACGGGCUCUCGCACUGCAAGUACAAAACCCUGCAUACUUGGCAGGACGACUACUUUGUGACGGCCGACCAGCUGUGGGUGCCGCUGCGCUGGAUCGCACCCGAGCUCAUCGACGAAGUGCACGGCAACCUGCUCAUCGUGGACCAGACUAAGUCCAGCAACGUCUGGUCGCUGGGCGUCACCAUCUGGGAGCUGUUUGAGCUGGGCAGCCAACCCUACGACCACUACUCCGACCGGCAAGUGCUCGCCUAUGCCAUCAAGGAGCAGCAGCUCAAGCUGCCCAAGCCCCAGCUGAAGCUCUCGCUGUCAGAGCGCUGGUACGAGGUGAUGCAGUUCUGCUGGCUGCAGCCGGAGCAGCGACCGACGGCGGAGGAGGUGCACCUCCUGCUCUCCUACCUCUGCGCCAAAGGGGCGACGGAAGCGGAGGAGGAGUUCGAGAAGCGCUGGAACUCCAUGAAGCCCAACGGCAGCGCCAGCGCCAGCCACCACGGCCCCGAGCUCUCUUCCUUCCCGCUGCUGGAGCAGUUCUCGGCCGACGGCUUCCCCUCGGACGGAGACGACAUCCUCACCGUCAUGGAGACCAGCCACGGCCUCAAUUUCGAGUACAAGUGGGAGCACACCAAGACCGAGCACUUCCAGGCACCCCUGGGGUCCCUGAGCCCCAGCAGCGCUGCCCGCUACCACGACCUCUACUACCCGGCCACGACCGCGGGGCACCUGAGUUUGGGGGUCUCGCCCUCCUGCUACGAGUGCAAGCCGCCGGGCUGCCCCGGCCUGCCGGCGCCCGGCGUGGUGCCCAUCCUGGGCGCCCACAGCCCCUCGCUCGGCAGCGAGUACUACAUCCGCAUCGAGGGUCCCGGGGAGGGCAGCGCCGAGCUGGACUACGCCAUGUGCGCCUACAGCCCCGCGGGCGAGCGGGGGUCCCCGCACCCCCCAUCCUGCUGGAGAGCCCAAGGCGCCCGGAGCGGCAGCGCCUACGACUCCGACAGCAGCCCCACCGUCUCCCUCAGCAUGGAGCCGCUGCUGGGCCACACGCCGGCGGGCGAGGGGUCCUGGGAGUGCGCCGAGUACUACCCCUACCCCUGCCCAGGGCAGGAGCCGCGGGGCUACGAGCCGUCCCCCAGCCGCGGGGCCGAGGGGUACCUGCUGGAGGAGGAGCCCGCCCAGCCGGGCGGCCAGGACUGGCCCGUCCCCGGCUUCCAGCCCAGCAUCUUCGCCGACCCGCUGGGCGUCUCGCCGUCGGUGAACUGCGCCUACAGCCCCCGGGGUUACGGGGAGCCGCGGGCAGCCCCCCCGGGCGGGCGAACGCCGGCGCAGAGCAGGGCCCGACCGGACCGCGUGGCGCUGGAGCUGGGCGACGACAGCCCCCCCGGCGCCCCCCGCCCGCACGGCACAAGCCCCCCGGCUCAGCGGCAUCCCUGGGCCUCCAACAGCUCCUCCAACAACAACAUCGGCAGCGGCAGCCCGGCGUCCCGCGAGCCCCCGGCCGGCGACAGCUGGUGCUACCGCCGCAUGAUCACCUUCCGCGGGCUGAUGGCCAAGCCGCUGGGCACCGUGCCGCGUGGCCAGCCCCAGCUCGGGGGGUCUCCGCCGGGCCACGACUUCCGUCACCCACGGCAGGAUCAGACCGCCGGCACGGCUGGCGGCUCCUCCUCCCCGUGCCGCUCGCCCUCCCUGCGGCGCCAGGCCUGGCACGGCCGUGACUCAUCAACCUCCGGCCGCUCGCAGGCAGCGGCACUGGCUGGCAGCCCCGGCAUGCCGUGGGGGCCCGGUACGGCUCCGCCAGCCGGAGCGGGGGCCCGGCGCGACGCCUGCCCGGACGAGAGCGUGGAGGGGAGCAGCCCUGCCCGCAGCCCGCUGCCCCGUGCCGCGGCUCCGCCGGGGCUGGGCGAGGCCGCCCCCACGGCCGGCACGGCCGCCCCGAACCCCGGCCCCCCCGCGGAGCCCGGCCUAGACGGCGCCCAGCCCGUGCCGGAGGCCUCCGAGGCACCCGCGCCAGCGCCCGGGGAGGCUGCCGCCGAGAGCGGCGCGUGUGCCGCCGGCGAUGCGGACCAGACGCCGGACAAGACCUUCUCCGGCGCCAGCUUCCCCAGUGCAGACGAGGGGAGCGACGAGGACACGGCGGAGCUGACCUCCGGCGUCUUCACCGACUUCUCCGGGGACUACGUGGAGCGGGCGGAGGCAGCCCCGGCGUUCAAGUCCCUGCAGAAGCAGGUGGGGACGCCGGACUCCCUGGAGUCGCUGGACAUCCCCUCCACAGCCAGCUCCUGCGAGGUCUUCAGUCCCACCGCCUUCAUGCCCGCCGGCCAGCCCAAGGCCCUCGACAGUGGCUACGACACCGAGAAUAAUGAGUCCCCCGAGUUUGUCCUCAAGGAACCCCACGACCCCCGAGAGCCGGAGGCCUUCAGCCAGCUGGGGAAGCCGCCCCCGGGGCUGCCGGGGGGUGAGGGCGAGGGUUCGGCCCCCGAAACGCAGCUCUCCACCUCCCUCGGGUCCGAGCUGCACGACCUCGCCGAGAAGAACCCCUACCGCGACUCUGCCUACUUCUCCGACUACGACGCCGAGGCCGAGCGCGGCCCCAAGGACGAGGAGGACAGCGAUGGGUCCCGGACCCCAGAGGCAGAGGAGGGUUCCCAGUCCCCUGCGCAGGACCUAGGGCGAGCCCCCGGGCCGGCAGAGGACCCGCUGCACCCCCCAGGGGCGCCCGGCAGCCCCCCGGCAGCACCUGGAGUUGCAGUGGCAGCGGACGCACCGAUGGCGGGGCUUUUGGUGGGGGACUGGCGGGGGGCAGAGGACGGGAGCGCGCCGGCCGGACCCACGGGGCAGGUGCCUGGCACCGAGCAGCGACCCGCUGGCACGGGGCUGGUGCUGGGCAGCUCCCCGCGCCCCAACGGAGACGCCUGUCCCCCGGGCUCUGCGCUGCCAAAGACUUUCUUCUUGACGCCGGUGCCGGCAAGCCCCGGGGAGCCGGCGUCCGUCGGAGGGACCCGCGUGCUGGAGGAUGUCUCUGGACUUGGGGCAGCUGCGGCUGGGGGCGAACAGACUGUGCCCCCCGUGCCGGGGCUCGGGGAAGCAGGGCUGCCCCUGGAGGGGACCGGGGUGGGCGAUGCGCCGGGGGGUCCCAGCACGCUGCUACCGGGGGACGACUCGCCCCCGGGCCUCUCCCCGCUCCCGUCCACCCGGGAGCUGCGGCCGGUCACCCCUGAGCACCGUGAAGAGCCGGAGGAGGAGGAGGAGGACACGGAGGACAGCGACGAGUCGGACGAGGAGCUGCGCUGCUACAACAUCCAGGAGCAAAGCGAGGAGAGCGAGGAGGAGCCGGCGGCCGUGCCCAUCGUGGUGGCCGAGAGCCAGAGCGGCAGGAACCUGCGCAGCCUCCUCAAGAUGCCCAGUCUGCUCUCCGAGGCCUUCUGCGAGGACCUGGAGCGCAAGAAGAAGGCCGUCUCCUUCUACGAUGAUGUUACCAUCUACCUCUUCGACCAGGAAAGCCCCACGCGGGAGCUGGCUGAGCAGAGCUUCCCGGAGCCCCCCCAGCCUUCGGGGCAGCCCCCCGCUGGUGGCAGCCCCCCCAGCCCGGCAGACAGGCUCGGCGCCUCGGACGACUCCUCGGAUGGCAAUGCCUCGGAAGAGAUCCCCUCGCUCCGUGUCGCAGGCGGCGGCUUCGAGUGGGACGACGACUUUCCGCUUAUGCCGGUGAAGCCAUCCCUGAUGGCCUCGCUGACGGGGACGCCGGCGGAGCCCGACCCAGCCGUGCCCGCCCUGCCUGCCCUGGUGCCGGCGCAGAAACAGGUGCUGCCUAUCCAGUUCUCCCGGUUCACGGUCUCGCCUGCCCCGGUGUCCCGGUUCUCCAUCACCCACGUCUCCGACUCGGACAUGGACUCCAUAGGAGGCAGCAGCGAAGACGGCGACCGGGAGUGAGCCAGCCGGCACGCUGGUCGGGCAUCGUCCCGGUACCGGCGCGGGGCGGCAGAGGACGGUGGGGCCGGGACCGGGGUCCGGCUGUGGGCUCCCAGACUGCGCUCUGGAUUUUUUUUUUAGACAGAUUUUAUCGGAAGGAGCUCGUUUGCUGCUGCGAGUGGGAGCGGGGCCGGCGCGGCCCGGGGCCAGGCGGUGGGUGACGGCCGUGCGUGCGUGUGCGUGUGUGGGUGGCUGUGUGUGUGCGUGUAUAAAUAGACACAUAUAUAUAUAUAGACAUAUAUAUAUAUAUAUAAAUUAUAGCAUUUAAAGGGUAGUGCCCUGACCUUGCUAACGUUUGCGGAGUGUCCCCCCCCAAGUGAAGUCCCCCCGCCUUGGCUUCUUGCCCACGUGUGCUCCCUGAGCCGGUGUUUGUCCCUGCACCCCCCAUGCCACCCCCCCCCCCCCACCCAGUGCCGUGCGCUUGGCCUUGCACCUCACUGCCGGUGGCCCCACAUGGCGGAUCGGCCCCCCCACGGCUGCCCCACGGUGUUCCCGAGCGAGGGGGUCGCCAGCUGCUGCCGCUGCUUGAUGUCACCCCAAGUGCACCCGCUCCCUGUGCCGGGGCUGCCGCCGGCUCUCGUGACCCCCACAUCCAGGGUGGGAAGCAUAACUUGGGGGGGGGGGCUGGGGAGCUCCCCCCUCCCUUGCUUUUUGGGGAACAGUCCCAGCCUGGUGAGGGACCCCGAGGGCUGGCGGGACCCCUGCCCCGCUGCGGCAGGGAGCGGCAUGGGGAGGGCUGGUGGAGGGGAUCCCGGCUGCCCCCCACGUGGGGUGGCCCCCCAGGACCCACCGACCCGACUAUUUUUGUAUUUAAAGAAAAGGAUAAAAAAAAAAAAAAAACCCAAACCCACCCUAAAAAAACAAAACUUGCUGUCGACAGAACCCACAUUGAUGCGAUUUUAAGUUAUUGCUGCCAAAGAGACGUAACGAGUCGGGGGGGUGGGGGGGGUGGGGCGUGCUCGCGGUUCUUUGUUCAUUUUUUUUUUGUUUGUUUGUUUGGUUUUUUUUUUUUUUAAUUGAUUUGAGGCUUAGGAUAAUUGUGCAAUUCCAGCUUCCAGAAGGAAAUGGAAGUAAGCGGAGCUGAGCGAAACCUUGAAAUCAGGGCUGGUUCCUUUGGGGUCUAUAGACCAAACCCUGAGGUGAGAAAUGUACCCCCCCCGCCCCACACACACACCCCCCUCCCGGCCCCCCACCCCAUGUCCCGCAGCCCCGUCGGGCUCCUGCCGCCCCGUGCACAUGGGGCGAGGGCACACGUACUCAUGCGUGAACACGCACGCGCACGCAUAGACAUGCAAACGCACAUGCACCCACAUGGGGAUGAGGCUGGUGCCGGGGGGGUUCUGCUCCACACCGGGGCAUGGUGCUGUGGGACGAGCCCGUCCCCGAGCUUGGCACAGCUCCGGCACUGCUCGGCGCCCAGCCUGGUGCCGGGCCCAGGCGUUACCGCACUCGCCCAGCCUUCUCCCACCCUCACGGCCGGCCCAGCCGGGAGCUGUGUUCCCAGCUGGGGCCCUCUCGGCGGUCAGGAGGCUGUUGUAGGGGGCAAGGGGGCUGUGCCCCCCCCCCCCCAGGCGACAGCCAGGGUCCCGGGGGACCCCAGCUUCAGCCCCAAAAUCCAGGGCGGCUGUGCCUGUCCCAUACCCCCCCCCCAGCUGCUGGUUGCUUCUCCCACGGCACCCAGUUGGCAAGUCACUGAUGGCAAUUAUUGCUUUAUUUAAGUGUUUUAUUUAAGCUCCAACCUGGCCUGUAACAUCCCCCCCACAACUCUUGCAAGCUCUUCGCUUACGCUUUGCAACUGGGGGGGGCCAGCCCCCCCCCCCCCGUGGUGGCAGAUAGCAUGGGGCGCAGCACCCAUCGGUGCUGGUGGGAUGCUGCCCGUGCAGGAGUGGGAUGCACUGGG